ACAGUGUCGAGUGAAGACGUGUAACUCAGUCAAACAUAACAUCCCCUCCUCGUGGUCCGAUCGAUCUCGUACAGAACGUGGCUGUAGUUGUAGUUCUGUGCCAGACGUUUUCUGACGGUCCAAGACUCAAGCAGGUGGUUUGGAGAGCGCGCGCGCGUGAACAGUUUAAACCACCUUGAGGCGAUUUUCUUUCUACACACAAACCAACGCAGACAACCUGCAACGAGAGAAAAAUAGUUUGUGCCUUUUUGACUUGUUUGGCAAUUGCAAUUAGACGUUGCUGGAGCUAUAGUAAGUGCUUCUCAAGACAGCUGAGUCUGAGUGAUACAAUCCUCGGUACAUAGGUCGAAAAACGUGUAGUAAAAGUGGGCGACAGCCUAGCUUAGAUAAAUUGUUGAAGCUAGUGUCCGUUUUGUACAUACUAUAUUGAAAAAAAAAACGACGUGACCUGAAAAAGGUGAAUUUUUUAAAUUAUAAGUUUGCUAGUCCUCUCAAUAUUAGUUAUAAGUGAAGUUCAUAGACGAAUAUCGGCGAUCUACAAGCAGAUUUAUUUUUCAACUCGCCGAAGUAAAAGGAAUUUAUUUUUUCCCCAACGAUAAAGAUGGACAACAACGAUGGAAAAGAUCGUAUUGGACCAAUGUUUCGAAAUCGACAUGUGCUAAUCACCGGAGGUACUGGGUUCAUGGGAAAGGCGCUUAUAGAAAAGCUUUUGAGAUGCACAGAAGUAGCCAAAAUAUAUCUACUAGUCCGACCGAAGAAGGGGAAAUUCCCGAAACAACGCUUAGAAGAAAUGUUUGCUAAUCCGUUAUUUGAAAAAGUGAUAGAACUUCGAGGUCUCAACACACUGAUUGAUCACUGUGUUGUGAUUGGAGGUGAUGUAAUGGAACCAGGCCUCGGUAUCUUAGAGAAGGACAAACAGACGAUCAUCGAAAACGUGUCGAUCAUCUUUCACUGUGCCGCCACAAUUCGAUUUGACGAAGCGCUAAAAAAAGCAGUUAUCCUCAACACUCGGGGAACUAAACUGAUGGUUGAACUGGCAAAGCAGUGUAAAAAGUUGGAUAUGUUUGGUUAUAUAUCAACGUCAUACUGCCAUCUGAACGAAAAGUUGUUGCUUGAAAAGCCGUACCCUCCACCGGCAGAUCCACACAAAGUAAUCAAAGCCAUUGAAUGGCUGGAGGAGGAUGUCGUCGAAGGAAUGACCAGAAAAAUUUUGGGAGAAUGUCCCAACACAUAUGCGUACACCAAAGGACUUGCAGAAGGUCUAGUAGUAGAAUCGAUGAAGGAUAUUCCAGCGGUAAUCUUCCGCCCCUCAAUCGUAGUACCGACCUGGCGAGAGCCUAUAUCGGGUUGGACCGAUAACAUCAACGGACCCGUUGGAAUGCUGAUCGGUGCUGGAAAAGGUGUCAUUCGUUCUAUGUACUGCAACUCCGAUGGCUAUGGGGACUAUUUGCCCGUUGAUUUUGGCGUGAGCGCCAUUUUAGUAAGCACAUGGAAUUACAUUGGACAAAAAGAUUACUCGCGUAAUAUUUAUAAUUUAGUAAGCUCUGCGGAAAUGAAAGUAUCAUGGGAAGGUGUCAUCGACCUUGGCAAAUCCAUUACAGCUAAAAAGGUGCCACUGAAUGGUGUUUUCUGGUAUCCAGGUGGAACAAUGAAAAAAUAUCGUUGGCAGCAUAACCUUUCCGCCCUCUUCUACCACUGGAUUCCGGCGGUGCUAAUCGACUGUCUGCUUUACGUUCUCGGAUAUAAGCCAGUACUUUGCCGAGUGCAUCGACGGAUCGCCAAGGGCUUUGAAGUUUUUGAAUACUAUGCGAACAACCAGUGGGACUUUGAUAAUGCUAAUAUAAAUUAUCUGAGAGAGCAAAUUAACGAAGAGGAAAAGGUCAAAUUCAAAAUUGACGCUGGAGGUGUUGUUAUCGAAGAAUAUUUUGAAAACUGCAUCUGGGGUGCAAGGCGAUACAUUCUUAACGAAACAGAUGAUACAUUACCAGCCGCCCGACGGCACAUGAAGAUCAUGUGGUUUGUGGAUAAAAUCUGCAAAGCCAUAAUUGCAGGAGCUUUCUUUUACUAUGUCGGGACAUGGAUGCUCAAAAAAGUGUUCUCUAGUGCUUUCUGAUGACACCAAAUGAAACGAACCAUUUCCAUAGAAUAAGUAUUUUUUCCCGUUCAUACUAGGUAUUUCAUAACUUGGCGUUUAAUUGCAAGCAAUCAAUAUUGUCAAUAGAUGUUCAUAUUUGUACCCGUAAAACCUGCUACCCCUUUUGGUACAAGUUUUAGAAAUGAUCAAAAUCAAUCGUUUGAAUAUAAUUGUGCACGCAUAUUGAUUAGCAUAUCAUUAA